UGAAUUUCUAUUUUAAGGCUUUAGGCAAAAACGGAAUACACCGAUCAGCUUACCGAAUAUAGUUUCACAAAUAUUCUAGUGUAAAUUGCGAUAAAAGAGAUAUUAAUUUCCGUGGUUAACAAUUUCGGAAUAAUGAGUUUCUGGAGUUAAGGAAAAAACAAAUAUUUUUCGGAUUUAUAAUGGAUCGAAGUCAUCGAUAUCACUUGAAAGGCGUGCUUCUGGUUGUCAUGCUCGGCACCUCGACUGCAUCACCUCCUUCGGUGUCGGUACACCUGGACAGCGACCCAAACCCGCUACUCGGAAACAGUGUCGUUAUUGAGUGUGAAGCUGAUGACUUCGAUGGAAACGAUGUCGUCUUUAAAUGGACGUUUAGGAACAUGCAAAUUGAAAAUAUGUCCUCCCGGGGGAAAUACAUGGAAGAGCUGGAUAGUUAUUACUCACACCUGACUAUUCAUGACAUAGGCCAUGCUGACCUGGGACAAUAUGAAUGUUUUGCAAGUAGUAGCGCAAAUGGACAGCUGUCGGACAAGUACAACCUAAAUUUUGAUUUUAAUCCAUCACUUUACAUGAGCAAACGCCAAGCAAAAAUCGGUGAUGACGUAACCAUGGUAUGCAGACACAAUCCGAAUCAGGGGGAUUGGAAAUUCGAGAACAGAAGGGGAAAUGUUAUUUCGUCGGCUGAAUACUUUAAGCGAUUUGUAAACCAUGUGACAAGCUUUGUCGCACCUGUAUAUAUGAAGAACAUUACGCUGCACAAUGUUACUCUGGAGCAAAGUGGAAACUACAUUUGUUUCAAUACAAGAGGCCAGCCGAAGGAAGAUACAACUACAUUAGAAGUCAAUGGAAUGACGAUCAAUUGCCAUAGCCAGAAUAAUGAGGAUAUGAUUUUAACUGAGGGUGUUGAUGAUACAAUUGUUUGCACUGUCCAAGCCAAUCCGGCUAUUGAAAGAGACGCUGAUGUCGGCUUGUGGUGGUCACCUACCGUUGGCAGUGCCGAAUUUGAGAAAAUACCUAACGAUGUUUGUAAUGUCGGUAUGGAGCCAGGACCCCCUUUAACUACUUGGACCCUAACAAUAGAUGUAAAAGGGAAAUAUGUGUAUCGGCUAAUCAACAAACGCAUUAAAAUCCAAAUCAAGGACCAAUACGUAUAUAUCAAUAUACAAAUACAGCAACCAUGUCAACCGCCGUGUGGGCCAAAUAUGAAGUGUGACAUGAAAGGGCAAUGCUCGUGUACGCCCGGAUAUCGCCUCAACCCUGUUGGUAUCGGCACAGGAUGUGUUCCAGAAGAAAAUGAGCAACCCUGUCAACCGCCGUGUUGGCCAAAUAUGAAGUGUGACAUGAAAAAACAAUGUUCGUGUACGCCUGGAUUUCGUCCCAACCCUGUCGGUAUCGGCACAGGGUGUAUUCCAGAAGGAAAUGAUAUUACGACAACAGAAAUCGCCUAUGCUAAACCACAAAUCGCUGCAAUUGCUGGUGGUGUAACAGCUGGUGUUAUAACGAUGGUAGUCUGUGUCGUCGUCUUCUGUGUUCUUCGAAAUCAAUAUUCGUGUGCGUUCAAGGUCACCCGUAAAGAAGGUUCACGUUCAAGGCCUACCGUACCUUUUGAUGAGAAUCCUGGUUAUAACGCUGCCGUAAGGAGCGAAACUAACACACCUUUUUACGACGAGUUGAAGGUUCCCGUAUACCACAACACGAUUGUGUAGAACCAAGUGCAGACAGUGUUUUAAAUGAGACAACUGAAUUCCAUGUAUGGUGUGCUCACGAUCCCAUGAGCUAUGAUGAUCAAUUAUUGUUGUCGAUACUGAGUAACUCCGCAAUGCUCUUUGUUGAUUAUAAACUAUUGAUACAUAUAUUGAAAAGAAAAUGAGAUAAUGCUGCGAAUUGUGUACGAAAUAACUAUCCAUCCUAAAACUGUAAAUCUAUUUUAUAUAAAAGCAAAUAAUAACAUACAACUGGACACUUAAUUAUUAAGAUCUAACUUGCAUGUCUCUUAAGUUUUCUUUCAACUAAUUCCCAGAAAAAAUAAUUAUGAAUGGACCUAUUUGUUUACGGAGAAAUCAUUCGACCUGACUCUAUAUCCUGUUCAUCGUUGUCUUCUGAGUGACAAAGAUAAGAUGAACUAACGCUGUAGUUAUUAUCAUGCCAAGAUUAACGCUGUGACGAUUUAUGCCAAUAAUGUUAAGAAAGCAAAAGUAAAGAUGAUUAUGUGCUUAUAAACACAGCUAUUUUUCAUCUAGCAGAAUCUGUAACUCACUUUGGAAUAUUCCUACAUAAACCGUUAAUAUAUUACCAUGCUGUUAAAGCUCGAAAAAGAAACGGUAUGUAUACGAUUUGAGCAAUACAUCUUUGUGAAUAUUGCGCAAAAUUAUAAAAUUUACGUCUGUCAUUAAUAUCUCUCUGUAAUAACAAUUACUCGGCGCAAAAUACUCACGUUUAUGACAUGAUAAUACGUUCAAUGAGCUUGUAUCAUUACUUUACAACAGCAUUUUAAUUGUAAUGGUCUUUUUGUUCAAUAUAUUAUUGUCUGACAAUAAUGCUUCAUUAACUGGUACAUGCUUCUCUAAAUACUGGUACAUGUUUUCCCUAACAUAAUAAAGGAUACUUUUAUUCCGCACUGAAUACACAAACUUGUAACGAAAUACAUAGAAAAUAAACUGUUUUACAGUG